GUUUUGUUGCUUGCUUGGGAGGAGGAAGAUGGACGCUGAUGACAGUGGCGGUUGUUGUGGCGUGUUUGUGGGCGCAGGUGAAUGUGCAGUGGUUGUUGGUGCGGGAAAGGCUGGUGCUGUUGGGCACGGGGGCGACAGCAGUGGGGGCAGGCGCAUUCACGUUGUGUACGAGGCAGCGACAGAUGUUGUGCAGGCAGUGCCAGCGCCUCGACGGCACCACAUACCAGUGAAGCCAGGUGAGGUGGUGCUGCAACUAACCUCCCCAUCCCCUCGACAGCUCCUCGUCGUGACAACCCCAAAGGACAAGACCACUCACAAGAAGGCCGCCGUCAUCAUCGUACGGCGCUACAAGCUCUCAGCCACUGGAGUACACGAGCUCAUUCAUUCAUACGAGUGCGCAGCAGCAGCAGCCACGUCGCUGAAGGUGCGCGCCAUUGGCCACGGCUAUGCCGCUCUUGACGAUUGCACGCUCCUCGGACCGCAGCAAGCGCUUCACCUGGACGCAUCUGUCAAGAAGGUCGCUGCCGCCUCGCCUGCCCUUGCUCACUUUGCAGUGCCAUCAAGGCACCCGACAGCGCCGCUCGUGCUGUGUUCGACGGCUGCCGACGAAUGGGCACUCCUUGACGUGGUGGCUGGUGACCACGUGGCUUCGGUGAUUCCGCGUGACUAUGCGGCACACACGCUCCAAGUCGUGUGCUCCUUAUCUCCACCGCGUCUGUGCCUCCUCACAACCCUCAGCCAGGCGGUGUUGCUGUCCCCACAAGGUGUCAUUCGCGUGAUUUCACUCGCCCAACCGCCAGGCUCCCUCUAUUGUGCUUCCACUACCUUCAUUCAUCAGUCUACCCAGGAGGGCCUGACAUGCUUCUCAGCGUCGACAGGCACUACGUUGAUACCAAGCGACACCAUCCCUUCAGGACGCAUCCUGUGCACCGGCCACACAGCAAAUCUUGAAGCAGGCGUUUGCCUUUACUCACGGGGCUCCAUGCAGCCGAUGCUGCUUCCGCUGUCCGCGCUGCUGCAGUGUGCAGCUGCACCAGUUUCGGCUGAUGGGGAGUCACCGCCAUCACAGUUCCACGACGCCAUCGCCCGAAAACUUGCCGUGGACCAGGACACGCUUUCACGCACGCGCACGCUCAACGCACGCAAGCAACAGCUCCUGGCGCAGGCAUUUGACACGUCGCUGUGUUCGUCGUUGUCAGCUGAUGCAGCACCUGCACGCGCAUUUGUCCGCACAGCGGCGAGACGGACCGACACCAGGCCGCAACGAAGACAGCAGCAGUGGCAGGAGGCUCAGCUCGUUACGUGCAACGAUGGCGAUGUUGUGUCGGAGCGAACAAAGCAAGGCACAUGGCGGGUGGGGGGUGGUGGACAGCGAGUGCAUGGUGAUGAACGACCGGAUUUACUGCACAAGACGCGGACCACACAGGCAAGAAGUGUCAUUCAAGUGUGCAAAGAGUUGAAGCAUGGGCGAGUUCGAGGCAGUGCGCUGAUAAAACUCUUGCGAGUUGCGCAAGAAGCAAAAGCCCAAGUAAAGGAACAACAUUAACG